CUCCCACAUCCGGGCCGCGCCGCUCUGGUGCUCGGGACUGGAGGUAACCGGCAGUAGGGGGAGGGGAUCCGGUGCUGACCUAUGACCCCACCCGGUGGUCGCAGGGAACAGGGGCCCGAGGCCUCGGCCACCAAGCAGUUAAGCCUGGCUGGGAUCUGGAGCAGCAGGAGGAACAGGCAGUGUCCUGGGAUAAUGGGGACAAUCAGGUUCAAGGAGAGGAGUUGGCAUUCCAGGAACUGUUGUCAUUUUAUGGAUAUGAAGCAUCAGAUCCCCUGUCAGACCCAGAAGAUCAGUGCAGAGAAUUUAAUCCGUUGCAGCCCAACAGCCAAGAUCAGGAACUACCAGCAGUACAAUAGGUUCCCUGACUCCGAUCAGAUGUCUCCUCUUUGGCCAGCCGAGCUUUCACCCUUCCCUGCUGACUGGUUUACUUUACCCCUGAGGGAUCAGAUGCUGGAGUCUGCAGCGGAGGACGAGAAUACUGUGCUUGGAUCUCAGGCCCGACUCCCUUAUCUGCGAUACCCACAUGCUGGAGGAAGAGACUCAGAAGAGAAGGAUCAACUGUUGUGGGAUCCCAAUGUCCUCCCUGAGUGUGAGGUAGAGGUUUACUUGAGUCGUGUGGCGGAGCAUCAACGCGGAGCAGAGGGAAGAUCCUCCCCAGAGGAAAGGCUGGUGAGGGACAAUGAGCAGGCUCUUUAUGAGUUGGUCAAAUGUAGUUUUCACACAGAGGAAGCCCUUCGUAGACUGUGCUUUAACGUCAAAGUGAUGAGAGAUGGUCUCUGUGGCUGGAGUGAAGAUGAGCGCAGAAAUUUUGAGCAUGGGUUCCGUGUUCAUGGCAAAAACUUUCACCUCAUUCAAGCCAACAAGGUCCGCACACGAUCAGUAGGUGAGUGUGUCCAGUACUAUUACUCAUGGAAGAUGUCUGAACGUUAUGAAUUUUUCACACAGAGCCGUCUGGGGAGGAAAAAACUUGCAAACCCAACAUCAGUUGAAACUGAAUUCGACAUGCAGGAGUCUGAGUGCCCAGUGAAUUUGUCUGGGUCUGUGUUCAGCAAGGAAUCCAGUGUAGAUGCUCCAGGUGACACACCUGGCAACACAAAGAACUCCACCCACUGCACUGCCUGCUCCUGCAACAAAGAUCAAUGUCUGUGCAGAUUUAAUCCUCUCUCUGUCCCCAUUCACAAAGAUCAACAGGAUAAUAGUUCAGUGACCAGUGGCCUCAUCAAUCUGGACAUGCCUAACACCACCCUACCACUCAUGCCUGGUUUAAAGGGGCAUGACCCUUCUUUGGCUUCUUUCUCAGUGGCAGAUCUGGGGGUUUUAAGUCUUCCUGAAUUCUUGGCACCUCCCUCCCUUCUUUGUUCAACUUCUCAUCCCCCAUGACCCCCUCCCCUCCAUACAUACAUUUGUAAGGUCGAAGAUUUCUCCUAGGCUGGGAUGUCUGCAAAUUUAUGGUGGGAACGUCUCUCUUUAGCUACAUUUUGCGGCUGUGAGCAUCCACCUACAUCAGUCCCUUGUGUGCCUCUCAACUCUAAUAUAAUGAAGGCCAAGUUAACUUCCUCAGGAUACAUUGCAUAUCUGUGCCAGGAAGGGCAUACUGGAGCAUUUAUUGUUGAAGCUUCCUCACCCAUAUCUGCAGUACUCUUGAAGGGCUGUCACCAUUUACUGACAUGGAAGCACUUGGUGAACAUUUCUGUUUUGUACUCUGAACACAAUAAAUCCUAUUUAGUUUUAGAAUAUUGAUAUAACUCCUUUUUUCCCUUGACAAUCCAGCUGGUUAUCAGCUCUGCUGUGGAGCCAGGACUACCAGAAUAAGACACCGAACUUAUGUACGUUCCUGUAACUCUGUGAGAGCAUUGAAGUAAAAGAAGCAGCAAAUGGGUGUGCUGAGCUAGAUAGCUUAUUUUUGAAGGAGCUUGUCUUCCGAGAAAGUAUUAUAAAUCCUUUUUUCUUUUUUUCCAUUGGCCCAUUUUGAUUUUUUUUUUUCCUCCUGAAGCUGAACAUUCCCUGCUGUGUUUCUAAACAGCAACCAAAACAUGUUACUACUUUAUUUAUUAAAAUUGAUUUUGUCAGAAA